CAUCAAAAUCAAACAUCGUCGCACCUCCUAGCGAUCGCUAGACCAAACCACCGACCAAGGCACUUCCGCAGCGUCACAACCCGGCAGCGACAGGAACCUAGAGAGASACACACACCAGAAGCUUCGGUGCAUCGCGCUACGCAACCACAACCACCCACCACAACCACCAUGAUCCGAGCGGCACGCAUUGCACCGCCGUCUCUGUCGUCGCUGGYGAGCCGCGCCGUCGUCCGCGGGAACUCUUCCGUCGGGGUGGGGCUCCCCGGCAGAGGGACACGSGCACGCUUUCUGCCUCUGCCGGCCCGAAGCCAUUCCACAACGACGGCGUUGUACUCGCCGGUGGCAAUGGCGGCGGCGUCCCGCUCGGGCGGCGGCAGCAUCCGGGGAACCCCCCACGGGUUCCUUUCUUCCCUCCGGGGUUUUUCUUCGCUUCUGUGGCCCCCCGCGGCGGUCCCCAACACAGCCAUCUUCCCGGGACUCUUCGCACCAGCACGGACCGCCGCGGCGGGGGAGGCCGCUUCUCUGUCCUGCAGAAGCAACUCGUCGUCGAUCCUUUCGUGGGCCAUCUGGCUCAUAAAGCGAACCUAUCAGCCGUCCCUCCUGAAAAAGAAACGCCAGUGCGGGUUUAUGAAACGCAGGCAGUCGGUGGGAGGACGGAGGAUCUUCAAGCGACGACGACAGAAAGGUAGAAAGCGGUUGUUUGGAGCAUAAAUGGCCAAACGCAAGUCGAAGGAAGGGAAUCCAAUGAAACGCAAUCUUCUCGGUUUGUUGCCAUGCUUCAUCAUUCACAAUUCACAACAUCCCCGCGCUYUGCGCCAACGAGGAGAAGGGUUGCGCUUAAAAAAAAGAGGAAUGAAUUUCGCCGUUUUCACUCCGUUGCUUGGUUACUAGAAUUAAUACCGAAGUACUAUAAAUCAAUUCGAUACAA